AUGUUGGCGAGACUCAACACUUCAGAAGUGUCCAUUCUGCCCACGGGUUUGGGAAACCACUACACUUCGAGUAGUAAACAUCUCAUUCCUCCUGGAAGAAGAAGAUUACCUUACAACCAUUCCAAUAGUGAUGACAAUGGUGAUCCAAAUGCCCCUGAAGCAAACAUGAGCUUUCGAGAACAUCAAGAAUACUUCGGACCAGAUGUCCUGGUCAUCAUAGGCCUGGUAAUGGCUUGCAUAGGAGCCAUAUUGACUCUCAUCAGCUUUUAUUGCCAGUUCAAGCACCCGGCCAUGCAGGCCACCAUGGCCGGGAUCGGUCCGUCGUUGGUGGGCAUCGGAAUGCUCUUCUGUGUGUUGAGGUUGUUCUUUUGCACGUUCUGCAUUAGCAAGACUUGCUGCGAGUGCAUCGCUGAUGGACUGCGGUUUGCGGUAAUUCGCUGCCCCUGCUUUAAGUAUUUCAGGAAAACCAAGAAGAAAAUACAUCCACUUCAGGUGAAAGACAAAAAUGCACAUAAGCCAUUUAUGAACGGGCAUCUUGCAGUAACGGCUUUGAAUCUCAAGUCACAAGAAAAAGGAAAAGCGGCCAACAUGACGCAUCACAUUAACGGUGGAAGUAGUCUCUUGACAAAUAACAAUUCGCUUCAUUCGAAGAACAGCGAGAGGACACAAUCACUGAUCGAAAUGUCUUCGAUACCUUCGAGAAUGGAGCCAAUCAUGGAAUCCGAGGAGAGGAGGACUUUGAGUUCUGACUGUAGCAACAAUGACAGGUCCAGCGUCAUGGAAGUAAGAGUGGAAUCUCCGAAAAGUAUUCGAAAAGAGGACGAAGACAUCCUCAAAGAUGAGAUCGACCUGCUGGAAGAGAUGAAAUCAGACGGUUCGCCGAGUUCAUUAAAUAAAAACAUUUCAGAACUUGUUCUUAAAUCUAAAACAAGGUACUGA